CCUCAAUCCCACCGCGAUUCCCGCAUCUCCACCCCUCCUUCCAAGACCCCAAUUGUGCCUGGGCUGAGGGCUGUUCGCCUCUAAUCUCCCUCGUCCUUCUAAUUCUCCCCCGGUCUUCCGAAUGGCUGCUCCUUUCGCUCGCCUGGCGGGCAAUGCGCCCAAAAGGCUUUGCCUCCGCCCCUCUAGCUACUUCAGAAACACUGCUAUCUCAAGAUGCCGGUCGAUCUCGACGACUCUUUCUCGCCGGCAGGCCGAGCCUACCAGCUAUCAGGCGACCAGACUCGUUCCGACUGACCCGACUUUCGCAUCUUUCGUCAACAAAGAAGGUCCUUCCGAAGACGAGUACGCCGCCGAUAUGGAGUCUACGGACACAGGGGCUAAUCGCAAGAUUCGCCAUUACACCGUCAACUUCGGUCCUCAGCACCCGGCUGCCCACGGUGUGCUUCGUUUGAUUCUGGAACUCAAUGGUGAAGAGAUCAUUCGCGCAGAUCCCCACGUCGGUUUGCUCCACCGUGGUACCGAGAAGUUGAUAGAGUACAAGACCUACAUGCAGGCUUUGCCUUACUUCGACCGGUUGGAUUAUGUUUCCAUGAUGACCAACGAGCAGUGCUUCUCCCUGGCUGUUGAGAAGCUGCUGAAUGUCGAGAUUCCCGAAAGAGCCAAGUGGAUCCGUACUUUGUUCGGCGAAAUCACCCGUAUCCUGAACCACCUCAUGUCCGUUCUUUCACACGCCAUGGAUGUUGGUGCUUUGACGCCAUUCUUGUGGGGUUUUGAGGAGCGUGAGAAGCUCAUGGAAUUCUACGAGCGAGUUUCUGGUGCCCGUCUCCACGCUGCCUACGUCCGCCCCGGUGGUGUUUCCCAGGACAUUCCCAUUGGCCUCCUUGACGAUAUCUACCAGUGGGCAACACAGUUCGGUGACCGCAUCGACGAGACUGAGGAGCUGUUGACGGACAACCGUAUCUGGAAGGCCAGAACCCAGGGUGUCGGUGUCGUUAGCGCCGCCGAGGCUCUGAACAUGAGUUUCACCGGUGUUAUGCUGCGUGGAUCUGGUGUUCCCUGGGAUAUUCGCAAAUCUCAGCCGUAUGAUGCUUAUGACCAGGUCGAGUUCGACGUGCCCGUGGGUGUGAACGGCGACUGCUACGACCGUUAUCUGUGCCGUAUGGAGGAGUUCCGUCAGUCCCUCCGCAUCAUCCACCAGUGCUUGAACAAGAUGCCCGCUGGUCCCGUCCGUGUUGAGGACUACAAGAUCUCCCCCCCUCCUCGUGCCGCUAUGAAGGAGAACAUGGAGGCUCUGAUCCACCACUUCCUACUCUUCACCAAGGGUUACUCUGUGCCCCCGGGUGAGACUUACUCCGCCAUCGAAGCUCCCAAGGGUGAAAUGGGUGUGUUCCUGGUCAGUGACGGUAGCGAGAGACCCUACCGCUGCAAGAUUCGUGCUCCUGGAUUUGCUCACUUGGGUGGUUUCGACCAAGUAUCCCGUGGCCACUUGUUGGCUGAUGCUGUUGCUAUCAUUGGUACUAUGGAUCUUGUGUUCGGUGAAGUCGAUCGGUAGAGUUGGAUGAAGCGUUGCUAAGUAUUCCGAAGGCCUGUAAAACAACUCCAAGACACGCGAUUUCCGAUAUGUGGCACCAAACCAUUAUCUCUUGCUAUUUAGAAGCGAAUACAAAUGACAAAGACAGAGAAACCAUUAAUCGUCUGUAUCACUUGUGCGUGUGUGGGAUGUUUGUGGGACGAGGGAAAUGGUAUAUCAGUUGUACCAAUUGGGUUCAAUGGCGUUGACACUGUUUAUUCUUUCUGGUUUCUUAUGUUUUCUGUCUUGUCUCCUGCCCUGUAACCCACGAAUUCUCAUUUUAUAUCUUCCCCCCCCC